AUGUCCUCCACCUACACACCCCAAUACUGCACGUACCCGCAACCCACCGCCCGCAACCCCACCUGGCCCGAAAAACAAGCCGAUUUGAUCCUCAGCCUCCGCGACGUCUCCAAACCUCCCGCCAAAACCCCAGACCCCGAUGUCCGAAACCUCCACCCUGACAGUCAAAUCCACGUCCGAUGGACAGAUCCGGAUCUCGUGCGCGCAUUGGCGCAACUCCAGGAAUCCCUCCCCGGAAAAGUCAACCUGUCCCUUCGCUACGGCGGUCGCGACGUCACUGCCGCGACGUGGGUUACUGUCCAUCAGCACGACCAGACAUGGCCCGACGGCGUUGCGGAGCUGAAGUACGUACUGUGGUUCCACGAGUACGACGAUUUGGACGUGGAGGUUGGGGAGUUGGAGGGGAUAAAGUGGGGUGGUGUUAAAAAAGAGGAGGAGGAGGAGGAGGAGGAGGUGAAGGUGAAGAUGGAGGAUGUGGAGGCGUGGUGA